ACAACAUAAAAUAAACAUAUACUUGUCGUGUAUUAUCGUUUGCUUUAGUUGGAAAUCUACUAUAUUACUCCUAAGUUCAAAUGAUCAAUUUGUAUUUGAGCAAUUAUCAAAUUCAACAUUCUUUAAUUGAUAUCAAUAUUAAAUAAUAAAUAUUGAUAUUAGAUGGUCUAUUUUUACUUACAUAUACACAACGGUUUUAUUUAAAUUAUUUUCAAAUCAUGGAUACUUCAAAAAAUUGGAAAACUGUUUCCUUGCUUGUUUGUGUUUUUGCUAUGGUUAGAGAAAUACGACCAAUUGAGCCGUUUUUCACGUCUUUCCUCAGAAGUAUGAAUUUCACAUUAGACCAGAUCAACGAAGAAAUAUAUGCAGUGGGGACUUACUCGUGUCUAGUAUUAGCUGUUGUAAUAUUCUUGAUUACAGAUUAUUUUCGGUACAAACCGUUGAUUAUUGCAGAUGGAAUUGCUGGAAUUUUAACAUAUGCUUUACUAUUAGGAACACCAAGUUUAUACAGAGUUCAAAUGGAACAAGUGUUCUUUGGAUUUUUUUAUUCAUCAGAAGUUGCGUUCACUACGUAUUUGUAUGCCAAGGUCGACGACAAACAAUAUUAUCAAAAAAUCACAAGUCUAGUGAAAGCAUCUAUGUUAUUCGGCAGAUUCUUGUCUGGAUUUAUUGCGCAAACUAUUGUUUCAACACACUUAUUGAACGAAGUUUAUCUACUAUAUAUCAGUAUAUUUAGUACUUCAUUUGUAACACUAUGGUCAUUAGUUCUCCCUAAAGUAGAACACAGUUUAUACUUUCAUAGAAAUAAAGAAUUAACAUUAAACAAUAAAUUACAACAACCUAUCGGAGUUAUCAUUGAUGAUAAUACAUCAAAUAAAGUCAAUAAAUUUAAAGAAGUUAAACAGAUGCUUUUUGAUGACUUUCAAUCGGCAUAUAAAAAUACGUAUGUAGUGAAAAAAUGUUUUUGGUGGAUAGUUGCUGUUGUUGGUAAUAUUAUAGUUGCAACGUAUAUUCAAGUUUUAUGGGAGGAUGUGAACCAAAAUAAAAUAGAACUAAUGAAUGGCGCUGUCGAAUCUAUACAUACUCUUUGUGGUGCAGCUGGUGCAUAUGCAGUUGGUCAUUUGAGUUAUGAUUGGAAAAAAUUUGGUGAUAUUAUAUUCACAGCUGGAACCUUUGUUUUGGCUUUAUUAUUAUUCAUAAUAUAUUACUGCAAUUCACUAUGGAUAUUAUAUGUAUUAUACAUAUCGUAUGGUACUUGUUACCAAGUGUUAUUAACUAUAACUACUUCUGAAGUUGCGAAAUAUAUAAAACCAGACAGUUAUGGACUAAUAUUUGGUUUUAAUUUGUUUAUGUCAUUAUUGAUAAUCUCAAUAUUUACAUUAUUAUUUAUCCAAGGUCUUGUUGUUGUUAUAGGAACAAAAAAUCAGAUUUUAACAGUUUCUCUGAUGUUUACAUCGAUGUCCGCAUUAUUCUGCGUUUUGGCUGUUAGAAAAUGGAAAAAAUAAAUGCACAAGUACCUGCCAACUAUGAACCAUUGGAUAAUGCUUUAAACCAAAAACAUUUACAUUUAUUUAUUUAUUUUUAUUUAUUUAAAAUAACAAAACAUGUUUAAACAAAUAUUCCAAAAAGAACAUGGUUAAAAAAAAGUAGAAUGAUUAUGUUCUUGUAGACUUUAAGUCAGUGAUUCCUAUUUUGUGUAUUAGUCAUUUGUUUCACAUAGGUAAUACCUACGUAUGAAAUGGUGAUAAAAUACACUAUACUCUGUAUAGUACCUAUAUAGCAUAAUUAUUUUCAAAUUAUUUUUGAUAAUUAUCUGAUUUGAAAAUCAAUUAUGUACCUAGUUAAUGAUUAAAGCUCUGUAUAUCUAACUUUUGUUAACAUAUGAUGUCACUGAGCAGAGAGAGAGAGAGAGAGUAUUAUUAGUUUUAUUAAAAUGUGAUCAUGUUUAAAAAAUGUUUUUUUUUGCAUGUGGGAAUAAAGUUUGAAAGAACAAAUUGUAAAAAAUAUUUUUUUAAAUUUUCUAAUAAAGUUGAUUGAAAAAAAAGCAAUUA